AUGGCUGCGCCCCAGAGAGGAGACCUGAACCCCUCCGAGAGGAAGAUCCUGGAGCUCAUCCAGACCGGUGAGGUGAAGGAGAUCGCUGAGCUGCUGGCCGACCGCCAAGUCCGGAUCAACUGUCUGGACGAGUACGGCAUGACUCCCCUCAUGCACGCCGCCUACAAAGGGAAGGCCGACGUGUGUCGCCUGCUGCUGCAGCGCGGCGCCGACGUCAACUGCAACCAGCACGAGUACGGCUACACGGCGCUCAUGUUCGCAGGCCUCUCAGGCAAGGCGGACAUCGCCUCCAUGAUGCUGGACGCGGGAGCCGACACCGACCUGGUGAACUCGGUGGGCCGCACCGCCGCUCAGAUGGCGGCGUUCGUAGGGCAGCACGAGUGCGUCACCGUCAUCAACAACUUCUUCUCGCGGGCGAGGCUGGAGUACUACACCCGGCCGCAGGGCCAGGAGAGCGAGCCCCAGCUGCCCCCCCGCCUGGCCGAGCCCCUGCACAGGAUCAUCAUGACCACCAACCUGAACCCGGUCAAGAUCGUCAUGCUGGUGAAGGAGAGCCCCCUGCUGGUGGACGCGGCGGCGCUGCAGAAGUGCUCCCGGGUGAUGGAGCUGCUGUGCGAGCAGUGCGUGAAGCAGCGCGGCACGAACGAGGUGCUGGCCAUGAAGAUGCACUACCUCAGCUGCGUGCUGCACAAGUGUGAGGCCUUCCUGCAGAGGCAGGACCACACGCUGGACGCCCUGCUCAAGAGCCUGCUGCGGGGCAGAGAGAGUGAUGGCUUCCCUCAGUACCAGGAGAGGUUCAUCCGGGACUGCAUCAGGAAGUUCCCGUACUGCGAGGCCACGCUCCUGCAGCAGCUGGUGAGGGCCGGAGAGGGCAGCGACCCCACCGCCUUCUCCGUGCUGACCCAGGCUCUGACGGGCCAGAUGACCUUCGUAGACGCUGAUUAUUGCGCCACCUGUGGGGAGAAGGGAGCAGAGCAGAGGUGCUCCCUCUGCAGAGCCGUGACCUACUGCAGCCCGGUGUGCCAGAAGCUGCACUGGUUCACCCACAAGAAGAUCUGCAGGGUGCUGCAGGAGCAGGACGGCGGCCUGGACCACGCCCCCCGGCUGAAGGAGCUCAAAGAGGACGAGAGCGACCUGAUGGCGGAGACGGCUCACUUCCUGCAGGAGCUGUGUCUGCGGGCGGACGAGAAGCUGGCCGCCGCCGCCGGCUGUCCGGCGGAGCUGUUCAGCCGGCCGCCCGCCUCGCCCCAGGAGCCGCAGGAGCCGCGGGACCCACCGGUCAGCCAGGACUGA